ACGGCCCUCCGCAGCGGGCGGAGGUUUGCUCCCGGGCCGCUGGUUGUUUCUUCUCCUUGUUGUAGCUGCUUUAGGCGAUUAGACUUAAAAUGGUUACGUGCUGGGUGUAGCGCCCUGGCCUUCAAUGGAGGUGUCCUCCCUUACAGAAGACUCAAUGAGAGAGAGAGAAUCGGAGAGCUGGGGGCACCUGAAGUCUGGGGACUGUCGCCAAAGGUUCCUGACCCCGAUUCUGAUGAGCAUACACCGGUAGAAGAUGAAGAGGCAAAAUCUAAGAGUAGUUCUUCAGAUUCCAGCUCAGAAGAGGAAAAAAAGAAAAAGAAGAAGAAAAGAAAGAAGAAAAAGCGGAAGGCAUCUAAAAGAAAACGCAGAAAACAUUCUGAGGACAGCGACAGUGAGUCGGAGUCUGAGCAGAACUCCAGUGAUGAGGAUAAAAAGAAAAGCAAGAAGAAGAAGAAGAAGAACAGAAAGAGGAAGUACAAGAAGAAGAAAAAUAAGAAGAGCAGGAAGGAAUCCAGUGAUUCAAGUAGUGAAGAUUCUGAUGAUGAAACAUUUCAAGGAGAAGAUCUCUGGAUUGAGAGAUCAAAAAAUACAGAAGCUGAUAGCUUGAUUGGACCAGAAGCUCCCAAAACUCAUGCAUCUCAGGAUGAUCGGCCUUUGAACUAUGGACAUGCCCUCUUGCCCGGUGAAGGUGCAGCAAUGGCAGAAUAUGUAAAAGCAGGAAAACGCAUACCCCGGAGAGGUGAAAUCGGCUUGACCAGCGAAGAGAUUGCCUCAUUUGAGAGCUCUGGUUAUGUCAUGAGUGGCAGCAGACAUCGCCGAAUGGAAGCUGUGCGUCUGCGUAAAGAGAACCAGAUUUACAGCGCGGAUGAAAAGAGAGCUCUGGCAUCCUUUAACCAGGAGGAGAGGAGGAAACGGGAGAAUAAGAUCCUUGCAAGCUUUCGAGAGAUGGUCUACCGAAAGACUAAGGGCAAAGAGGAAAAAUAAUUCUUUAUUUGAACUGUACGCUGUAGAUUUUACCAAGCAGCAGCUAACCUGCUCCAGUCAUGAUUUGAAAAAAACCUGCAAGUGCUGCAGUGCCUUUCACCCAGCAGGGCCAAGCCUCAGGUGUGGAUUACUUGUAUCAAGGAAACAGUUACUUUUGUCAAAUUUUCUUGGAUGAUUUGUUCACUGUCUACCAGGAAUCCCUGUGAAGUGAAAGGCCACAAGACGGGGAAGGCAGACACAGGCAGGGAAGAUUAGAGGUGGCAAUGUUCUGUGCUCGCUUUGAAUCGGACAAGCAGGAGGAUUCCACGGGAGGGCUUUCUCACCCGAUGCAAUUUUCCAUUUAUUUUAAUUAAUGAGAAUAGAGUGGUCAUCAGAAGCAAGCUGCUAGUAACAGUAGCAAGAAUGAAGGAACUCCUGAGUUCCUGUUUAAGAUCUAAGAUUGUCCACUUAGGUAUUUUUCUGUAAGUCUUUUAGAUUUAUUUUUUUUCUCAAAACAUUUGAGUUUGGCUUGUGGUUCAAACUAGACUUGUAAAUAGAAAUUAGUUUGUAAUUUAAUACAGACUGGCUUCAGUUACUUUAAAGCAAGCAGAUCACAAUCAAGGUAUAAAGUAAUAGUAAUAGGAGGGUCUGAUCUUCUGUCCGCCAAAGCCCAUGGUGAAGAACGAAGUCGCUUGCUUCUUUUUCUCCUAUGUUAUACAUAGGUAUCAGAGCAGUGGGGUGCAGUGAUUGGAACCCCUGGAUGUACACAGGUGGUAACAAGGAUGUAUCUUUCCAUUUAUUUGAGAUUUUUUUUUUUUUUUUGUCUAUGGAAGCGUUAUAGAUUAAAACUUUCUUUUAACUCCCGUGGUAUUUUAAUUUGGUUGGUUUCAGCAGUAUUAUGUGGCUCUCUUUUAAACUCUGUACUUGGAGGCCUACUCCGGGUAGUGCUUCUGUGGUGGUUAUCUUUGAUUCAACUGCGUAUUUGCAAACAUACCCCCUUAGCCUUCUUUUUCUCAAAUGCUUUUAACAACAAAGUGUUUUCUAGAGGGUUUUUUUUUGUUGUUGUUCCUGUAAAUCUCUGUGUUGUAGUUUUGGCAGCAGAGAUGUCUUAUAUGUUUGUAUAAAGAAAAUAAAAGUCCUAUAACGUUUGCCCUGGAGUUCUGCAGACCUGGUGUUCGCAAACAGCAAGUCCAGCACAGCUGCCUAUUCCCAUUUUCGCUCUGGAACCUGGUUCUGUCCUGCCGUACCCACCCAUACCUGCAUGGGACCGUCAUGUAAAGCCAGCUGCCAGGUCAGGCUGUAGUUGAUUUUGCACAGAUUUAAUGCUUUUUAUGUAUCCACAAAGCAGAAAUGCUAAUAAGGAAGAGCCAUUCUUUCUUCAUUGUGCUUAUUUGAUUCUCCACAAAAUACCGUCAGGGCAUUGGCGAUGGUGAUUUGGAGUUGUUCGUUGCAAAGUAAGUCAACAAGGAUUAUUUUGUUUUCCAUAAUGUCAUUAAGCCACUUUUCUCUAAAAUGACCCUGUUCUGGCCUGGAGGAUGGAAUAAAAAGAGAGUAAACGCUAAGAAUAAUACUGAAUCCAAGUUUGGCUGGCUGAGAGGUGGCCUUUAUUCAUAGGACAAGCCUAACUUCUGAAAAAAAGAUCACCACCUAGACCUGUGUAAACCCAGGACAAAUUAACUAUGGAGAAGGCAGAUGCUCAUGGGGUGGCUAUCCGUGCCUGCGGUGGAGUGAAGCUGAUGAUAAGCAGGGUCAUCUGGGUUUGCGUAGCAAGAUUCUGACAUCUUCCUCCACCUCUCUGCUAUUAUUGCAAACUUGUUUACAUCAAGCUCCCAGUUUGUGUUUGGCAUGGAAAAGCUUGCUAGAACCUCCCAAGUUGUGUUGCUGAUGGAAGAGUUAAUAACAUUUACGAGUGAAACAGCCUGACGGACUCCAGAGCAAAGAGUAUCUCCGCAGGCAAGGUCUGCAAGAGAGGAGACAGGGCAGAGUUCAUAUACAGGACCUCAAAAAGCAGACAUUUUAAUGAGGUGGGAGCCACUAUCUACUACUUCAAAAAUAACCUCUGUAUUUGUACAUUUCCGAUAUGGAUUAGAAUAGCUUUGGUUUAAAGCCAUUGUGAGUAUUCUCUUGUGAAGGCUCAGAUGUUACAAUUUUAAGCUUGUACCUAGGAUAUAAGAUUUCUGACCAGUGGCUAUGAGCUGUUGUGCUGGUUUUGGCUGGGGUAGAGUUAAUUUUCUCCACAGCAGCCAGUAUGGGCUAUGGUUUGGAUUUGUGCUGGACACAGCGUUGAUAUCCCCAACCUGGGAUGGUUUCGCUCCUGCGGAGCGAGGCUGACACAGAGCCAGGGCCGACCCAGAGCCAGGGCCUUGUCUGCCUCUCACCCCA